CCUUGCCGGCACCCUCGGUUCAAUCGCCGAUGUGGGGUAAAAAAGUUAUUAUCCUCGUUUCAAUCACGCCUCCGUGAAAUUGUAAUAUAAGCAGAUAGAACGCGUGUGGUGGGUGUAGUACUCGCCAUGGAUCCUACGCCAGAUCGUCCAUCACCGCAGCUCUUCUCCCUCACCGGGAAGAACGUUCUGAUCACCGGAGCUACCAGAGGUAUAGGAGCAGCGUGCGCGAUUGCCUUGGCGCAGGCAGGCGCUGCAAUCUGUCUGGUCCGGCGUCCACCCGAAUCAGCAAAACAGCCGAAUAUGGACACUGUGAACACCAUCCACGGGCUUGGAGGCAGCGUCAAAGUCGUCGAAUGCGACCUAGGCGACAUGGAGGCAGUCCGGGGCCUGUUUGACCGGGCGCUCGACGCCAUGGGUGGCAGCAUCCACGUUCUGGUGAACUGUGCAGGUAUCCAGCGGAGAUCUCCGAGCGUGGACUUUCCAGAGAAAGACUGGGAUGAUGUCCUCGACGUGAACCUCAAAUCUGUCUGGCUGCUCUCCCAGGCAGCGGGUCGCCACAUGGUCCCCCUUAGAAGGGGUAAAAUUAUCAACUUCUGUUCCCUUCUCACAUUCCAAGGUGGAAUCACCGUGCCCGCUUACGCCUCUGCCAAAGGCGCACUCGGCCAGCUCACAAAGGCUCUUAGCAACGAAUGGUCUCAGUUCAACGUCCAGGUCAAUGGUAUAUGUCCAGGUUACGUCGCCACCGAUAUGAAUGAACGGCUUCUGGAAGACCCAGUCAGGUACAAGCAGAUCUCGGAGCGGAUCCCCGCUGGAAGGUGGGGUACCCCCCGCGACUACGCUGGCCCUGUCGUCUUUCUCGCCAGCGAUGCAAGUCAAUACGUCUGCGGGGAACUUCUUGUUGUCGACGGCGGAUGGAUGGGGAGGUGAGACAGGAUGGCUAGACACAGCUAGAUACCUUGCCAAAGUUUUCGUAUGUGUACUAUAUGCACACAACACAAUUAUCGUUGACAGAUGCCGAUGGCGGACGGAUGGCAGGCUGUAGAUGCAGAACCUCGCACGCAUGUCAUGCUUGAGACGGCAGCAGAUCUCCCCUUAUCAGAUUGAGCUUCGUACGUACAAGGUUGUCAUGUUCUUUCCGACUUAGAGCCCCUCUCUCGACGAGGCGCAGUGAAUGUAAUUUUUUCC